AACCACCUUUUUUAUCACUGCUGGCUGGUUUUUGAGGGACCUGGAGCAGUUGGCAGCGUGACUAACGAAGGCAGCACAUAAAACAACUCUCUUGCACCAGAGAGGACUUCCCUUCUCCAUCCGGGAUAUCAGCUGAGUGCAGGAGCAAACACACGUGUGGUCCCACAGAGAGGGACUUGGAGCCUAAGCCCUUGUGUUCAUGGAUGUAGCUGGAUAAGGGUUGCUACCUCUGGAAGGAAACUGCUACACAGAAUUUGUUUUAGCCCCUGAAUCCAAGCUGGCCAGAGAUGCCUCAGUCCCAAACUGUGCACAUUAAGUUCUCUGCUUGAUUGCCAGGAAAGCGUGAAAGUUUCACCCAGCAGGAAAAUCUUGAAUGCUUUCACUUUUAAUUUUUAAUAUAUACCCACACCCCCUUUUAUUUUUUUUCCUAAUGCCACAAUAAGCCCUGCUUGUUUCGCUUUAUUUCUUCUGUUGGUCCCCUGUUGUUCAUCCCAAUGCUCACACAGUCCUCUCCCACUCCUCAGUUCACCACUGGGACCUGCAGUGAUGCCACCCUGCAUAGCUGCGAGCUGUGUGGCAAAGGCUUUCGCCUGCAGAGGAUGCUCAACCGUCACAUCAAGUGCCACAGCCAGGUGAAGAGACACUUGUGCACCUUCUGUGGAAAAGGCUUCAACGACACCUUUGAUCUGAAAAGGCAUGUCCGGACCCAUACUGGCAUUCGUCCUUACAAGUGUGAGGUUUGCAACAAGGCCUUCACGCAGCGCUGCUCGCUGGAGUCGCACCUGAAGAAGAUCCACGGCGUGCAGCAGCAGUACGCCUACAAGCAGCGGAGGGACAAGCUGUACGUGUGCGAGGACUGCGGCUACACGGGCCCCACGCAGGAGGACCUGUACCUGCACGUCAGCGGCGUCCACCCCGGCAGCGCCUUCCUGAAGAAAACCUCCAAAAAACUCGCAGCUGUUCUGCAAACCAAACUGAGCCCCGUCCUGCAGAGGAACUCCAAAGAGGAUGGCAAGGAUGAGUGACACGGGGGGCUCAUGGCGCUCGGCAGGAAUGAAGUUUACAUGUAGGACUAUAUAUAUUAUUUUUCUAAGAACCAUUUUGAAAGAAACACCUGAAAUUAAAGGGAUACUUUUGCUAACGGGACUCUCUUGAUGUUGGUAAAACCUCAGCUUGACAGAAAUAUUCCCAUUUGUGAUGGAAACAUCAGACUUUUUUUUUUUUUAUCUGGCCAAUAAAAAUGGAAUGCUUGCAAAGGCUGUCACCUCUCGGAUGGAGUAUUUACUGAGCUGAUACUUGGGCAACAUGUUUUCUGUUUCAGCUCUACCACAAGUCUGAACACCCCUGACAAAUGAGUUCACCUUUCCCCAGUGUAUUUUGUAAACUUAGUAACUGUUACAUCCCAUGUGAAUUACUUAUGAGAGGUUUGGGUGAAAAGUGUUGGUUAAGAGCACUACUGGUAUGUGAUUCUAUGCAACAUUAAUUAAAGUGCCUGAAGAACAGGAGUGCACUCUAUCAGCAAAUGAGUUCAAACGUGCAAACACCCUUAGCUCUGCCCCCUGUGCAGUCUGCUAACAAUUUAUGGAAGUGUGAUCCAAGGUGAGCUGGAACACUUCCCAAAGGAUGCAGAAUGUUUUCUUCCCAGUUUCUCUGCUAGCAAAUGAUGUUAUUCUAGGGCAGACCUUUGGUUGUGUCUUAAGUACUUGAAGCCAUGAACUUACUUUUAUCAUGUUGAUAUACAAGUGAAAUCUUAGCUCUGAUGUUCCUGGACUUGCCAUGCUCACUUUGAAGAUUAUUACCACAUCCUUUUAACAUACACCAGUAGCAACCCAGAAACCCAAAGAAAGCACUGUAAUGACUUGAAAAUAAGUAUUUUCUGUCAUGUUGAAAUG